UUCAAAAGGAAAUUCGACUAUUGAAAAAGGCAAUUAACAACUCAUUCUCAUUAACAAAGGCAAAUCCAUUCAAAAACUGAAAAACAAGAAAGAAAAAUAGCAGAAACCAAGAACUUUUGCAUUAAGGAAAAGAGUUAGAGGGUGGCGACUAGUAACCUAGAAGGGGAGACGCGUGGAAGCCGUCUCCAGGUGUUCCUUUCAUCUUUGUUAGCCAGCAUUGGUGGAGUUUUAGGCCAGGCUGUAGAAAAAGAAGAAGAACCGGAUAUGGCGCCUAGAGCAGUUGUUCCUCAGCAUGAAAACAAUGGAGAAGUGAAGCAGAAAAAUGUAGUAGUAGAUGGAAGGAAUCGAAGAGUUCUUCAAGACAUUGGCAAUUUUGUCAAUGAACGAGCAGCACAAGGAAAGAAACCAAUUACUGAAGGAGUUGUUGCUGUUGCACAACCUGUGAAAGGAGGUGGUGUCACAAAGGGGGUAGCAGCCCAAAGGAAGGCAGUUGACAAGGUUGACAAACCAAAACCUGAGUCUGUGAUUGUGAUAAGUUCUGAUGAAAAAACUGAGAAAAGUAGACAUGUUAGCAGAAGCGAAGGAUCUUCCAAGAAGGAAGUCAAAACCCUCACUUCAAUCCUCUCUGCUCGGAGCAAGGUUAUAUAUCAAGUGAAAGAAUUGACUGCUUUUUUGUUUUUUCGUGUUGUUUACUGUUUGUGGAUUGAAUUGAUUUCACUUCAGGCUGCUUGUGGACUUACCAAUAAGCUUAAUGAUUUGAUUGAGGACGUUGAUGGAGCUGAUGCUGAUAAUGAGUUGGCUGUUACUGAAUAUGUGGAUGAUAUCUACAAGUUCUACAAGCUCACAGAAGACGAUGGUCGAGUACGUGACUAUAUGGAUUUGCAGCCAGAUAUCAAUGCCAAGAUGAGAUCAAUCCUGGUUGACUGGUUGAUUGAAGUCCAUCGCAAAUUCGACCUUAUGCCAGAAACACUCUAUCUUACCAUUAACAUUGUUGAUCGAUUCCUUUCAGUGAAGGUUGUACCUAGAAAGGAACUGCAAUUAGUAGGCAUUAGUGCAAUGCUAAUAGCAUGCAAGUAUGAAGAGAUUUGGGCACCAGAGGUCAAUGACUUCGUUUUCAUAUCAGACAAUGCUUAUGCUAGAGAGCAGGUCUUGGUCAUGGAGAAAUCAAUCUUGGAUAAGUUAGAAUGGUACCUAACAGUUCCUACUCCAUAUGUCUUCCUCAUCCGGUUCAUCAAAGCCUCUAUUCCAUCUGAUGAAAAGAUGAAGGAUUUGGUGUUUUUCCUUGCUGAGCUUGGUCUGAUGCAAUACCCAACUGUAGUUUUGUACUGUCCUUCUAUGUUAGCUGCUGCUGCGGUAUAUGCUGCGAAAUGCACCCUUGACAAGAGCCCUCUUUGGAGUGAAACUCUGAAGCACCACACAGGCUACUCUGAAGACCAGCUAAUGAAUUGUGCAAAACUGUUGGUCAAAUUACACUCCAAAGCUGCAGAAAGUAAACUCAAGGCAGUAUACCGGAAAUUCUCUAGUCCAGAUCGCAGUGCCGUGGCUCUUCUUUCACCCGCAAAAAGCCUUUUACCAAUACAUGAUGCAGAGAUAUUCUGACUACAAGAUUAUAGUUGAAUGCUUUUGUGUUCCUUGAUCUUUUCGAUAGGGGUGAUCAUGUUUCUGUUAUGAUCUGCUAUCUGUACAUUUUGUUCUUUGAAGUAGGAUUUGACUGUUACUAGGAAUUUAAUAUGUGACCAAGUGUGAUGUUUUGCAAAUGUUGAUGCUUAGCCGCAUUUUGCUUCUAAUCUCUUUCAAACUAAAUUGUUAUUGUUGAUGAGACAUAUAUUAUUACAUUUCUCAUUACUUGGCCUUUUGUUAUUUCUCAUAUUACAUAUAUUUUGCACCGACGAGUUGAUCCUCAUUUUUUUAUCAGAAGGGUGUUGUUGA